GUUUGGCUUUUCAGUACAAAGCCAUUGAUCCUGUUACACGAAGGACUCAAUCUUCGUCUGAAGAACGGUCGGCUUGAUUCUGUCCUCGUCAACCUGCCUUAUAAAUAGAAGUGAUCUGAACUCGGAGCUGCGGCUAUGUCUACUUUCCCCAAAAGCUACAAUCCUUUUGAUGAGGACGAGGAUGACUUCAAGCCAGUCAAGUGGAACGAAGGGGACGAGCCUCCAAGAGAAGGUCCAGACAGACAAAGAUAUUUGCAACAGGAAGUCAUGAGACUCUCAAAAUCGACUCUAGACAGCACCAACAACUCACUGUCCCUCAUUUAUGAGUCUGAACAUGUGGGAGUCGCCACAUCGGAGGAACUUGUGCGGCAAGGGGAAGCCCUGAAGCGUUCCGAACGCAUGGUGGAUAAGAUGGAGCACGACUUAAAGACGAGUCAGAAACACAUCAACAGCAUUAAGAGUGUCUUUGGGGGCCUCGUCGGCUACUUCAAAGCGAAGCCGCAAGAGACCAAACCAGAGGAGAAUGGAGCCCCUCAAUACCAAGGAAGCGACAGGUAGAUAAUUGAGAGAUGC